AUGGUGGUCCUCAAUAUUCACAUUGCACCUCGAGUGCAGUCGUGGCGUGCGCUGUGGAGCGUGCUCGCUGCCUACCGCCUACCGCUGCUGAUCUUCAUCUCUGCUACGUUUCUCGUCUGGGGCUACAACGUUUUCUUCUUUCGACUUCUUCGUGCCGUGAGGGAAGCAAAUACGACUGAGGUGCUCUUAUUGGAGGCUGCGAGGACUGUGGAGGAGUCGCGCUAUGUACUCCAUCACACCGCUACGGGCACCUUUGCUGCUUGUGCUCUCAUUGUCGGAAAUUUCUUGUUGGCGCUCAUGUACUGGUCUUUUCUCCGCGUCAUCUUCACGUGCGCUGGGUACGUACCAGCGAAUCCAUGGCGAUGCGCACCGCGUACCGAUGCUGAGCGGCAGCGCCAUUUGCAGCUGACGUGGCAGGCAAAGCAGAAGUGGAUUCGAGAAGAAGGCGUUGCAGCUCGGCAGCGAGCAGCGCAAGCUCUGCAGGCACAGCAGGCGUGGUGGGCUCACCAGAUGUGCGUGUUGCAGCAGCAGGCGCUGUCCAUGUGGCUUCCAUCAAACCCUGAACUCGUGACGUCUCUCGGGUCACCACCUCCGUCUGCAGCGACACUAGGAUGGUUGCCAGCCUCAACUGAGGCCUCGAGCGACGGCAGCUUCGUGAUGACUGCACCGAAGCCACCACAACCCUUCUCUCCACGGUCGCUAGUAGCAGCGGGGAGUCGUGCAGCCUUGGGCACACAAGCCCUUGCUGCUGCUGCGUCGGUCUCAGUGAAUAUGGCAAGCGCUGCGGCGCUCCCCGCUAAUGCAGGAGUCCCCUGCUCAGGAUCUGCAGGGCCACAAAGAGAGUGUUCAUCCUUUAGCAAACCGCAUUCCUCUACGCCAUCCUCCUCAGAAGCAACGACGACUACCACCGUCGCUACCGUCUCCUCCUCCUGCAGCUCUCUGUCCUCCUCAGCUUCUGGUUCCACAACACCGGCUGUGAUCACACCGGAUCUGGAGCUCACCAGCGUUUCUGGGCUUCACCGUUCCCCGACCAACGGCGAUGCAGAACCGACGGCGUCAUCUCUGCAUCAUCGACUGCGCACACCCGUUCCCGCAGCCGAAUCCACUGUGAAUCCACACCUGGUGCUCGACUACGAGGCUGAUGGGUCGCUGCGGUUCUGCUGUGUGUGUGACCAGUACAAGCCGGACGGCAGCCAUCACUGCCGUGCAUGUCAGCGCUGCGUGUUUGACAUGGACCACCACUGCCACUUCCUCAACAACUGCAUUGGCAGGCACAACUACAAGUACUUUUUCUUGUGCUGCUUCUACUCAACGGCGUGUUGCGCGGUGAACACGACACUCUUCGUUACCGCAUACGUGUGCAGCGCCAUGUGCCAGGACUGGGGCCACAGCUGGUGGUGGGUGCCGGCUGGCAUGUGCGUUAUCGGCCUGCGCGUCGCGGACCUGUGGGUACAGCACGUUUUCCUGCUUAUUCGAGGCGUCAGUACGCUCGAUCGCAUGGCGGAACUGUCCGCAGAGCUCUUUCUAGCGAGCGUGAGCGGGCCUCGCCGAAGUCCCGCAGCCACGCCUGGGAGUUGCUACAGCGACUGCGAAAUGGUCAUCGAGGAGUGUUAUUGCGGUGUCGUGGCACUCAUGAGAUGCCUCGCUGAUCGAGUCAGGUGCAGCCGCUAUUCCCGCAGGCCACACGACACCAUCACCUCUUCUCUUACGAGCGGUAGUUGGGGCGAUGGCGAGGUGGAUGCGCCGCUCGCACUUUCCAACCGAGCAAAGCGACGGGCGCAACGCACUGCGUUAUUGUUCGGACGUCCGCGCUUGUUUCUUUAUCAUCUGCUGCCUCUCUCACCCCUCGCUGAGUCUCUGCGACCGCGCGCAAGGCACUGCGAGGGCGAGGUAUAG